ACUUGGUGUGGGCGGGGGCUGCGGGAGCCGCAGCAAUUGUCGCUCUGCCUGCGUGCUCCGGCAAUAGGGACGCCGUUCUUGUGGGUAGAAGGCCGCGUGCAUUCCAGGAAGAGGAUCUUCUCCGGAAAUAACUGAUUCUGCAGCUGAUCAAGGAUGACAUUGGUGAGAACCCCAUGAGGGAGUGGAGUAGCCUGGACUCUUACCACAAGAGGGAGGUGUUAUGAAAGCAGGGUAAAGGUCCGGCGGGCAGCAGUGGGGGCAGGAAACCGACUGCUGCCUGAUGUGCAAAGAAGUCCUUUCAAAUCUCCAGGACUGGACUCUUCCUGAGCAAGCCAGAGAAGGACGCACCCUCACCAUGUGGCUCUACCUGGUGGCCUUCGUGGGCCUGUACUACCUUCUGCGCUGGUACCGGGAGAGGCAGGUGGUGAGUGACCUGAGAGACAAAUUUGUCUUUAUCACCGGCUGUGACUCCGGCUUUGGGAACCUGCUGGCCAGACAGCUGGAUGCACGAGGCUUGAGAGUGCUGGCUGCGUGUCUGACGGAGAAAGGAGCCGAGCAGCUGAGGCGCCAGACAUCUGACAGGCUGGAGACAGUGACUCUGGAUGUUACCAAGACAGAAAGCAUCGCUACAGCUACCCAGUGGGUAAAGGAGCAUGUAGGGGACAGAGGACUCUGGGGACUGGUGAACAAUGCAGGCAUUAUUAAAUCAGUUUCCUUAUGUGAGUGGCUGAGUAUUGACGACUCUACGGAUAUCCUCAAAGUGAACCUCAUUGGUGUGAUCCACGUGACGUUGAGCAUGCUCCCCUUGGUGAGGCGAGCACGGGGAAGGAUUGUCAAUGUCUCCAGCAUUCUGGGAAGAAUUGCUUCCUUUGCAGGAGUCUACUGUGUCUCCAAGUUUGGAGUGGAAGCCUUUUCAGAUAUUCUGAGGCGUGAGCUUCGACAUUUUGGGGUGAAGAUCAGCAUAGUUGAACCUGGCUACUUCAGAACGGGAAUGACAAACCUGACACAGUCCUUAGAGGGAGUGAAGCAAAACUGGGAGAAAGCCCCCAAGCAUAUUAAGGAGACUUAUGGACAGCAGUAUUUUGAUGCCUUUUACAACAUCAUCAAGGAAGGGCUGUUGACGUGUAGCACAAACCUGAACCUGGUCACUGACUGCAUGGAACAUGCUCUGACAUCAGUGCAUCCGCGAACUCGAUAUUCAGCUGGCUGGGAUGCGAAAUUUUUUUUCAUUCCUCUAUCUUACUUACCUACAUCAUUGGCAGACUACAUUUUGACUAGAUCUUGGCCCAAACCAGCACAGGCAGUCUAAAGAAAACUGGCUUGGUGCUUCAUGAAAUGAAGACAAAAAUCUGAAAUUAGUUGUUAGUGUUUCAGUAAUCCUGAUUUAGAACCUAGGCUUUUUGUAACAGUGUGCUUUCUUGCCUAAAUUCAUUUAUCUGGCAUCAUCGGAGGACUAAAUUGUUUAUAUUUCAGAUAUCCAAAGUUUAUCAUUUCUUUAGGUGAUGAAUCUUUACUACAUUAACCCUUUUUUGCUGAGACUAUUUCCAAAGUGAAUUAUUUAUUCUUGCCUUAUUAAACAGAGUAGAUGGAAAACAAUUUAACCUAUUUUGAUGUCAUUUCUUUAUGUAUAUGAAUAAUCGUUUUAUGCUGUAAUAAUCUAUCGUGAAGAGAUUACUAAGGAAUUUGUUGGUAUGUUUGUCCUUACUUGAAGUGGGUCUGUAUUAAAAAAGUAAAUAUUUACUUUUAAUAAAUAUUUGAUUUUUCUUUCUCUUC